ACAAACUGCAUCACCGGCUGGCUGGGUUCUGAUCUGCGGAUCGGCAUAGAUGCGGGAAUCAUUUGUCAUGAUCGCGCGCUACAGGACGUACUAGUUGUAGUGCAAUUAUGGUCAUCGCUAAUACGAAAAGGCCCGAAAUCUGCCGAAAAGUUGGGUUCGUUUUUGCAAGCAUAAUCGUCUUUAUUGACCGAGCAUUUGCAUUAUGAUUAGUAUUAUCUGUCUGUACAAAUUCUGAUAAGAGUCCAUUGGACUUGAUGCCCAUUUAUUUAUUGCCGGAAAGCCUGUUGAGUGUUCCGAGUGUUAUCGCGGAGCUGUCAGCAAUCCUUUGCCUGCAUAGUCUAAUUUCGGAUAUAUAUAAUAAGUGUAUGAUGAAAAUGUGGGAAAAACGCCAGUUUGCUGAUUGACUGGGGGACUGGUUGUCCACUCAUAUAUAAUGGACAUAAGGAACAGUAAUUAACGCUUGAUUAUACACUGCACAUAUUAUAUGCUCCACGUUCAACCGUCAGCCAUGCGUUGAAACUUUCGCCGGCAUAAAUUUGGGUUAAUCAUUUUUUCUCUUUGCACUCACUCUCUCAUCUCUCUCCAUGCAUAUGAGAGCGUCAUUGGAAUUAUACGGAAAACUAUGUAAUAAAGAAAUGACUUUCUGUCCGUGCCAGUGUGGUAUACAUAGUCGAAAACGGGACGACAUUAGGUCAAGUGGUUAUGCUUGGCCAGGUGAGACGUCAUGCGCCAGCCGAGCGUGUCCAGCCGCAAAUGCCGUACCGGCAACAUCAACAUCCCGCCGCUCCUCCACAUUCUCCUGUUAUUUAAUGUUUCGCUUCUUUUUAUUAAUGCUCAUUGUGGAUGAGCAGCGCCGGUAUAAUCAUGUGAUGGCCCUUCAACUGCCCGAUGUGUACUGGAACUCAUCAAAUCCCAUAUUUCGCAUCGACAACACUGACCACAUCAUCGAUGUCAACAAGAAUCCAGCCGAAUUCGACCGCGUCAACAUUUACUGUCCGAAAGUAGGUCGAACGUCGGCAGUGUCUUCCCGGGGAUCCAUAACGGAUUCCGAGAGUAUAAACUAUAAUUACGACCGACCGGCGGAUUCCUCGUCCCGAGACGGAUAUUACAUAAUCUACAAUGUAUCCAAAGAGGAAUACGAAAGUUGUCGUGUUGUCAAUCCGGCAGCACGCCGGAUGCUUGUCUGUGAUAAUCCCUUUUCGGAUCGUCUUUCCUACGUGACCAUCACUUUCCGUCCCUUUACGCCGCAACCGAAUGGACCAGAAUUUCAUGCCGGUCAUGACUAUUAUUUUAUAUCCACAUCGACGGGAUCAGACACCGGGAUGGAUAAUAAGAUUGGCGGUCGAUGCAGCACGCACAAUAUGAAACUAGUCUUCAAAGUGGCCGGAAAAGACACACCUGACAAUGCAGAUGACGCGUCGACCGUCGAGCCGCCGCCGUUGAAAACGCAUUUUCGCCUGCCCGGCCCGGAACAAUUGACGGCAUACGGGCGAGUGGAUGAUCCGCUGCCGAUCCGCGACGACACCACCACAAUACCUUUGUUUUUCCGUCUGCGCUCCACACAGCCGCCGUCAAUGGGGGGGCUGGGCACACCGCACCGACCAAAGAUUAUGCGAUUCACGCCGGCUCCCAACCGGCCCCUCAGUCCGGCCGCACGGGCUCGCGGCUCCCAUGCGGAUAAGUCGGUUAUCAGUUAUGAUAACAAUGAUCUCACUGAUGCGGAAGGCAAUCGGCCAAAUGGAUUAGAUGAUAUGAGUCGCGCGGCGGAUGGACAGGAUAUUCAGCGCAGCACAACUAACGACUACUUCAAUCUGAUCCGGGAAGAGGAUGCCGCUGUGCCGGGUUCCGCUCGACAGACCAAGGCUCGCGCCAGUAAUCGUGCUUCCUCAUCCAUUACACCGGCUUCCAACUGGAUAUUCCGGCUAGUGGUCAGUCUGCUGCCGCUACUGGCCAUCCAAAGAAUGCGGCGAUAGCCGAUCGACCGACUCGGAUUGUGAGGAACUUCGUCAUCAUCAGCGCCGAAUGAGAGAUUGAGCUGUGCUUGCCGGCGUUUGACGGUGGUCAAGUGUUGACAUAUCCUAAUGAGUGUAAAAUGCAGAAUUUUUAUGAUUCGAGUUUUCCUCCUCUGUCCUCCUCUGCGGUGUGUGCCUUUUGGAUUCCCAUGGUACUGCGCCGCCGUUUACCCAACCAUAAGUCAAAGCGGAGCGCCGCGCGCGGCAGCAAUCGCUUUUAUGGACGGGUUUUUAAUGGCCGCGUCCUGUUAAUUUUAUGUGGACAGGAUAUUGCGGUUUCUCAGAUGGGAUGUUUUUGUUCAGCGAUGCGGGGCCAAAAUUGUGCAGAAAUGUGGUGUAUACAGUUGAGAUUAUUUACUAAUAAAAAGGAAU